AUGAGUGUCAUCAUUAGACUGCAGAAUCUCCCUUGGUCGGCAAAUGCUCUCGACAUUAGAAAUUACUUUCGGGGUCUCUCGAUACCCGAGGGCGGAGUGCACAUAGUGGGCGGGGAACUUGGAGAUGCGUUCAUUGCGUUCAGUACAGAUGAAGAUGCAAGGCAAGCCAUGAUGUUAGACGGAGGAAAAAUUAAAGAAAUCCAAGUGAAGCUUCUUUUGAGCUCUCGGUCGGAGAUGCAUAAAGUUAUAGAAGCGGCUCGACAAAACGUUCCCCUUCUUAAUAUCACUGCUCCGGCCGCUAGCCCUGCUCCAACUCCAGCUGUCCCUGCACCGUCAGUUAUUACACCGUUCUCAGCAGCUCUAGGAACUGGCAUAUCGACUUUUGGAAUACCGGGUAUCGGAAACCCGCAAGAGAUACCACAACCAGCCGUCAUAGAACCACCUGCACCAAUUAUAAGCCCACCUGCUAAAUCUCCUGUUGAAGAAGAAAAAGAUGAGGAUACGAAGUCCGACAGAAAACGUAGUAAGGAAAAAGACAGACGCCGAACACGUUCACGGUCCAGAUCGAGAGAUCGAAAGGAUAGAAAACGAGAUCGAAGAGAUAGAUCACGAUCCAGAGACAGGAGGCGACGGGACAGAAGUCGGAGCAGAGAGAGACGAGAUCGGAAACGAGAAAGGAAGGAUCGUAGUCGGUCACGAGACAGAUCGCCUUCCAGACGAUCGCGCGAUAAACGUAACGGAGAUCGUAAAUCACCACAAGGUUCUAUAGACAGAUCCCAAGAAAAUAGUCUUGAUAAUUCACUAUCCAAUUCUACACCGCCUUUUGGCACUUUGUUGAACACUAACGGCCCGCAAAUGGGUAUGAUACUCCCAACUCCUGCAAUGGCUAAUAUGCAAGUAGGUGCUCAGGGUGAUUUGACACAAAAUCGCUUCAAUGAUCCGUCUCUAGCUGAGGCAUUCAAUAAAUUACAGGAAUUAGGUAAAAAACGUAAUCCCAAUGCAUUCCAAGGAGAUCAACAGAAUGGUAGUAAAUUUUCAAGUGGCAGAGGUGGAAGUAGUAGCUCUAGGAAUCAAUUCCGUCGUGAGGGUCGAACUACGAGAUUUGAAGAACAGCAAAGAGACUGCUGCGUGGCUAUAAGAAAUGCGCCAAACCAUACAAGUUAUGGUGACGUUCGUCGCUUUUUCCCUUUUAUGAUCGAUAAACGAGGAAUAAAAAUGAUCAAUGAUAAUAUGGGUCGGCGAACUGGAAAUAUAUUUGUUAGAUUUUGCGACUCACGAGCGAAACAGCUUGCCUUACAACGCAAACCAAAUGAAUUAAAAGGAGCUCAAGUGAUUGUAGAAUCCUUGGACGAUGAUACUUACGACGCUGCUACAGAUUCAUUCCUUCCUUACCGCGAAGAUAAUGACGAAGAAGAAUCUACAUUGCAAGUCUCAGACACAGGAGACGACAAUACAACUCAAUUCAGUGUUCUCAAACUAAUCGAUCUCCCUCAUUUUGUUCAAGAACAAGACAUUAUGAAAGCAUUUAGCGAUUUUUCACUUUUAUCCAUCCACCUUGUUGACUGCCGCCAUAACCGAACUAAAAAUGCAUAUGUUGAGUUUGUUAAACCAGAUGAUGCCAAAAUAGCUUUAGAACGCAAAGAUUCUUAUGUUUUCGGAAGACGACAUCCAGCUAUAACUCCACUUACAGAUGAAGAGUAUAAAAACGAUAAAAAUGAAAAUUCUGAUGCGUCUGGAAAAUCGCAAUCCAAUAAAAAUUCAAUACAAGAACAGGCUGUGCCUCGAGAUCCUCGUCAGCGACGGUUAUUAGAUAAUGGGCUGGGAGGGCCACAAAUGCAUAACGCACAACAGCCUUUCUUUCCUAAUACUGCAUUUACACAAAAUUUUAGGGCACCUUUUCCCAAUCCACAAUUCGGUGGCUUUGGAGGUAUGCAACAUAGAGGUAUGAUGCAGAAUUGGGGCAACCGAAUGAACUUCCCCAACAAGUCGGAUGCUCAAUCAAGUUCCCAGGCUAUAUCUCUCAACAUUGAUGAAGAAUCCCUCGAUUGCGUCCUCAUGAAAGGUCUUCCUCGCGAAGCUACGGACAGGACUAUCGUCAACUUUCUGUCAGACACGGGAGCAGUACCGGCGAGGAUCCACCUCAUGCUCGACAACAACGGUCUUCCUUCAGGAGAUUGCUUUUGCGAGUUUAGAACCCCUCAAGAAGCUAGGCAAGCAAGUGCUAAGCAUGGCAGUCUUUUGGACGGUUGCCGCGUUACCGUCGAUCUGGUUUUGAGGAGUGUCGUAGAGGAAGCGCUGGAAGGACCCAAGGACACAAAUCAGGGAACUCAAGAGGGUCUACUCGGACCGCCGCCACCUUUCGUCAACGUACCUCGUAUGCCAUUUUUCCCGAAUCGCGGACAGUUUCGAGGACGAGGAUUCGAUAGAGGAGGAUUUGACCGCGGCGGAUUUAUGAAUCGUGGCGGGUUUGAUCUCCGCGGGCGAGGUAUGAUGCGCGGUCGCGGUGGCUGGCCAGAUCGCGGUCGCGGGUUCGACGCGAGAGGCCGUGGCCGAGGCUUCAUGCGCGCGCCUGCACCUAGAGAUGACGAGCCAGAUCCCGCUCUCGAAGAUUUCGGUACGCCGGGUUGCGUGUUGUCUAUGGAGAAUGUACCUUUCAGAGCCACCAUAGACGACAUCCUUGCGUUCUUCAGUGACUUUGAGCUGACACAGGACGACGUUAUCCGUCGCUACAACGAACGCGGUCAACCCACAGGAGAUGCGCGUGUUUCGUUCCGCACUCCAUUCGAUGCUAAGCGCGCACAGUCGUCUCACAAUCUUUCGUCCAUCUUUGAUCGCCGCAUCACGCUCACUCUACUCUAG